AUGGGACAGACUCAAACCACUCCUUUAAGCAUUAUGAUUGAUCAUUUCAAGGAGGUUAAGGGAAGAGCUAGCAACCUCAGUGUGGAGGUCCGGAAGGACCGGUGGCAAACUUUUUGUUCUAGGGAGUGGCCGACUUUUAGUGUUGGGUGGCCGCCGGAGGGGACCUUCGACCUCCCCACCAUCCACCGGGUGAGGGACAUCGUCUCUCAGCCCAAGAAGGGACAUCCUAAUCAACUUCCUUAUAUUAUUACUUGGCAGGACCUCGUGGAAGAUCCGCCCUCCUGGCUUAAGCCCUUUCUGCCCCCACGCCCCCCAGAGCCAAAACCCAUACUUGCCUUACAGGAAACGGAGAAGGUAAAGGAGAAGAAGGACCUCACCCUGCCUUCAGCACCCCUCUACCCCGUCUUGCAGGGGGGAACUGAAGAGGAAUUAAUCUUUCCUCCACCAUACCAGCCCCCUAGGAACUCACAAAGGGGCAGUCCUCCACAGCCACGAGAGGCAGAAGGGGCUCUGAGAGCCGAGAGGGGAGGAGCUCCGGCAGCAGAGAGGGGAGGGGUUCCGGUUCCUGCGGGGAGCCCGCCCCUCACUAGACAAAGGGCUCAGAGGGAAUUGCUUAUCCCGGCCGCCGACUCCACAGUAAAGACUCUGCCUUUACGAGUGGCAGGGCCCCCAGAUGCGGAGGGAAAUCAGCCCUUUCACUAUUGGCCCUUCGCCACUAGUGACCUGUACAACUGGAAGGCUCAGAAUCCUAAGUUCUCUGAGAAGCCGGCAGGACUUACUGACUUGUUAGACUCUGUCCUUUUCACCCAUCAGCCGACAUGGGACGACUGUCAGCAGCUCUUGCAGGUCCUAUUCACCACAGAGGAGAGGGAGAGGAUCCUCAACGAAGCCUGGAAAUUAGUUCCGGGCGUGGAUGGAAAUCCCACCACCAACGCAGCCCUAAUAGAUGCUUCCUUUCCCCUGACUAGGCCUGAAUGGGAUUUCAACACGGCAGAAGGUAAGGAGAGGCUCCGGGUCUACCGCCAGACUCUAAUGGGGGGUCUCCGCAUGGCUGCUAGGAAGCCGACUAAUCUGGCCAAGGUAGGGAAUGUUCAACAGGAAAGGGAUGAGUCCCCGGCUGCCUUUCUGGAGCGGAUCAUGGAGGCAUUCCGUACCUACACCCCCAUGGAUCCAGAAGCUCCCAAUAACAGGGCGGCUGUGGUCAUGGCCUUUGUAAACCAAUCAGCCACAGAUAUUAGAAGGAAACUGCAGAAGGUAGAUAGGUUAGGGGAGAAGAGUUUAAAGGACCUGCUGGAAGUAGCCGAGAAGGUGUACAAUAACAGAGAGCCCCCGGAAGAAAGGCAGGCUCGCGCUGCGGCGGCUGCUAGCAGCAAACAAACCCGAGACCUAGCUAAGAUCCUGCUCGCCACCACCGCGGACUCUCCCGAGGAAUGGAACCGCCGUCUCCGCCGACUCGCCGGCAGCCAGGAAGACGGUAAGGGGACCACCCGGGGCGGGAGGCGGAAGCUGCAGAAAGAUCAGUGUGCUUACUGUAGGGAGAUAGGGCACUGGAAACAAGAGUGCCCGAAGAGGACCAGCAAAAAGGGUGGUGGAGCGGAUCGAGUAAAGGUUCUGGAGCUGGAUGAACUGAGUGAUUAGGGGAGUCGGGGUUCGGACCCCCUCCCCGAACCCAGGGUAACCCUUAGAGUGGAGGGGACCCCCAUUGACUUCCUUGUCGACACCAGAGCACAACACUCAGUCCUCCGUACGCCUCAAGGAAAAUUAGCAAAUAAGAAGUCUUGGGUGCAAGGGGCAACUGGUAUGAGCCAGUAUUCAUGGACUACCCGAAGAACGGUGGAUUUAGGGAUGGGACAGGUAUCCCACUCUUUUAUGGUAAUUCCGGAAUGCCCCUACCCCCUGUUAGGACGAGACCUACUCACUAAGAUCGGAGCCCAGAUAACUUUCAGACAAGGGGGGCCUCAGGUUACUGAUGGCAAGGGCCACCCUAUUCAGGUCCUGACCGUGAGGCUGGAGGAUGAGUACCGGCUUCACCAAAAAGCCUCUCCAGUAGAGGACAGCAUGGACGAAUGGCUGCAGGAGUUCCCCAUGGCUUGGGCGGAGACAGGGGGAGUGGGGCUCGCCACCCACAGGGCCCCAGUCCUGGUAGAAUUAAAACCAGGGCAAGGCCCGGUAAGAAUCAAACAGUACCCCAUGCCCCAGGAGGCCCGGAAGGGAAUUCAGCCACACGUUCGGAGACUGAGGGGCCUAGGAGUGCUGGUCCCCUGCCAGUCUGCCUGGAACACCCCCCUCCUGCCAGUCAAGAAGCCUCACGCGAAUGACUACCGGCCGGUACAGGACCUCCGGGAAGUAAAUAAAAGAGUUAUGGACAUACACCCAACAGUCCCCAACCCAUACACUCUCUUAAGCUCUCUGGCGCCCUCCCGUGUCUGGUAUACUGUGUUAGAUUUGAAGGAUGCCUUUUUCAGUUUGCCGCUGGCACCCCGCAGUCAACCCCUGUUCGCCUUUGAGUGGCAUGACCCGGAAGAGGGCUACAGUGGGCAACUGACGUGGACCCGGUUGCCUCAGGGAUUCAAGAACUCGCCCACCAUCUUCGACGAGGCCCUAAACGAGGACCUGGGUGAGUACCGGAGAACACACCCCUUCCUCACUCUCCUUCAGUAUGUGGACGAUAUCCGGAUUGCAGCAGACACGGCUGAAGACUGCAAGCAGGGGACAAUGGACCUGCUGGCCUCCUUGGGGGCCCUUGGGUACCGGGCUUCUGCGAAGAAGGCCCAGAUAUGCAGAGAAAGGGUGAGUUACCUGGGAUACAUCCUGGAGGGUGGACAGCGGCGGCUGUCAGAUGCCAGAAAAGAGACUGUUUUGAAAAUCCCAACCCCCACCUCCCGAAGGGAAGUGAGGGAAUUCCUAGGGUCGGCUGGCUACUGCCACCUCUGGAUACUGGGUUUCGCGGAGAUAGCCAGGCCCCUAUAUGAGGCAACCAAGGAGGGAAAGGCAUUUGAAUGGACUGAGAGAGAGAAGACAGCCUUUGAGCAGUUAAAGAAAGCCCUCCUAAGUGCUCCGGCCCUGGGCCUGCCAGAUAUCACGAAGCCAUUCCACCUCUUCGUAGAUGAACACAAAGGAAUAGCGAAAGGGGUCCUGACUCAAACCCUAGGCCCCUGGAGCCGCCUGGUGGCUUAUUUGUCCAAAAAGUUAGACCCUGUAGCUGCCGGAUGGCCACCGUGCCUAAGGAUUAUUGCGGCAACGGCGCUUUUAGUCAAAGACGCUGACAAGCUGACUCUGGGGCAGGAAGUCUGGAUCACCACCCCACAUGCCAUUGAGGGAGUCCUGAGGCAGCCUCCUGACAGAUGGAUGAGCAACGCACGUAUAACACACUACCAGAGUCUCCUUCUCAACCCUCCCAGAGUACGGUUUCUUCCCAGUGCGGCUCUCAAUCCUGCCACCUUGCUGCCCGACCCCGACCUAGAUGCUCCCCUACAUGACUGUGCAGGAAUCCUGGAACAAGUGCAUGGGAUCCGGAAGGACCUGACCGACCAGCCCCUUCCAGAUGCAGACGUCACCUGGUUCACGGACGGAAGCAGUUUCGUACGGGAUGGAAGCAGGUAUGCGGGUGCAGCUGUAGUCACUGAAACGGAUACUGUAUGGGCAGAGGCCCUGCCCUCCGGGACGUCAGCCCAGAGAGCAGAGCUUGUGGCCCUCACCAAGGCCCUGACACUGGGAGUUGGCAGGCGGCUCAACAUCUACACAGACAGCCGUUAUGCGUUCGCCACCGCUCAUGUUCAUGGGGCAAUCUACCAAGAGAGAGGGUUACUGACAGCAGAGGGGCAGACUCUAAAAAAUAAACAGGAGAUACUUGACUUGCUCUCGGCCUUAUGGCUCCCUGCCAAGUUGGCCAUCAUACACUGUCAAGGGCACCAGAAGGCUGACGACCCAGUGGCAAGAGGAAACCGCAGGGCUGACCAGGCGGCCAAGGCAGAGUUACAGUGCAUUAGGAAGCUUCCCCAAGCACAGGAGGAGAAGGGGUGGUGGUAUACACUGCAAGGGGAGCUCAUACUGCCAGACCAGCUUGGAGUCUCCAUGAUAAAGCACAUGCACCGGUCCACUCACCUGGGGGCACGCAAAUUAAAGGACUUAAUCCGACACGCCAGAAUUAAGAUCCACCAACAGGACAUCAAAAUAGAACAGGUCGUAUCUGCCUGAAAGACCUGUCAACUCACAAAUGCAAGAACCGGGCCGAGUGAAAAAGGAGCCCGGCUCAGAGGAACCAAGCCUGGAGCACAAUGGGAGGUCGACUUCACUGAGGUUAAACCAGGAAAGUAUGGCUAUAAAUAUUUAUUAGUAUUUGUAGAUACCUUCUCCGGAUGGGUAGAAGCAUACCCAACUAAGCAUGAAACAGCUCAGACGGUGGCCAAGAAGCUGCUGGAAGACAUCUUGCCCAGGUACAGUUUUCCCGCUGAGAUAGGGUCGGACAAUGGACCAGCCUUUAUCUCGCAGGUAACGCAGGCAGUGGCCAAGGCCAUUGGGGCAAAUUGGAAAUUGCAUUGUGCUUAUAGGCCCCAAAGCUCAGGGCAGGUAGAGAAGAUGAAUAGAACUCUAACAGAGACCCUUACCAAACUGACCAUAGAGACUGGCGGGGACUGGGUGGCUCUCCUUCCAUAUGCCCUUUACCGGCUUAGGAACUGCCCCUACACCCUGGGUUUUACCCCUUAUGAGAUCAUGUUCGGCCGGCCACCCCCUAUUAUCCCCAACCUUAAAGCUGACUCUCUUGCAGAAUUUGAAAGUCAAGAACUGUUUCUUUCCUUGAGAGGGCUCCAGAAGGCGCACGAGGACAUUUGGCCGCGCCUCCGCGCUAUCUACGACGGCCCAGCCCCGACUCCUCAUCAGCAUAAGCCGGGGGACUGGGUCUACGUCAAGAGACACCGCCGGGAGACCCUUGAGCCACGUUGGAAGGGUCCUUACGUCGUGGUGCUGACGACCCCCACCGCUCUCAAAGUGGACGGCGUCACCACCUGGGUCCAUCACACCCACGUUCGGCCAGCAGACCCCUCGGUGAUCCGUGAAGACUUCAUCGCCCAGUGGAGCGUUAGUCGAGACCAAUGCAACCCGCUCAAGCUCAAGCUGAGGCGUUCUCAACCUGCCUGA